CUCAUAAUUUAAUUUCCUCAAAUUCGUUAUUUUUCUCCUCCUGGUUUGUAGCAGUUGUUUUUGCGCCGUAAGUACUCUGCACAAGGACUUGAGAGGUCUGCCUGCUUUUCUUUAUUAUUUUAAUCAUUCAAAUUUUCAAGCCUGAUGAGUUGAGUUGGGGACCAGGUUGAGGUUAUUGUGAAGUGUCUUUUACUGCUCUUUUUUCCCCUCUAGAGGAUAAAUAUAUUUUGUUUUUUUAGUAGAGUUUGUAUUGUAUUUUUAACCACAAGUUACCAUUAGAUUCUCAAUCACUCCAUACCAAAAAAUAAAAUACCUUUUUAUUUUUUUUUUCUUAUAAAUAUACACUACUUGAAGGAAUACUCAAAUAAUACUCCAUUUUAUUUCAUUUUAGCAAAUUUCUCCAUGAAGUCUAUUAUAGGGCAAGUUUUUGAAAGUGUUCGUGAAAGAGUUCUUGAUCCAGUUUCUAAAAGAAUUAGUGAAAUAGCUUGUGAAAAAGUUCUUGGAGUUGUAGAAGAACACGUAGAUUGUCACAUAAACUUCCAAAAUUAUGUGGAUGAUCUUAAAAGAGGAGUGGGAGACUUAAAACGUAAAAGAGGUGAUAAAGAAGCAGAAUUAAGAAUAGUGGAUCACUCAGAAAAAAUGGUCAAAGAAGAAGUGCAAGGAUGGCUUGAAGGUGCAGGGAGGGUCAUUGAUGUGCUAGAUAUUGAGGAAGAGGUUGAGAACGUUUCAUACCUGUCGCAGGGUAGCCUUGGAAGACGUGUUCGUCAAAAGACGCAAGAGGUGAGAGAAAUUCACAAUCGAGGCAAUUUCACUGAAGGUCUUGUAAUUGAAAGGCCUCCAUCUAUUGGAAUUCCUUUGCCAACAGAGAAUAUGGUGGGCAAGCUUGAUGUGAAGGAAAAAAUUCGCGGAUACCUGAGAGGUAGUGAGGGAAUGAUUGGAGUUUGUGGAAUUGGUGGAAUUGGCAAAACUACUAUUAUGAAACACAUCCAUAAUGAAUUAUUGAAUGAGGCUACUCAGUUUGAAAAGGACAUCUGGAUCACAGUAUCACAUCCAUUCAAUGUUGUAAGAUUACAAGGCGACAUUGCAAGAAAAAUGAACAAAGGCCUUCGAGAAGAUGCAGAUGAAUUGGAGCGGGCAUCAAGAUUGAUGGAGAUUAUGAAAACAGUGAAAUAUGCAUUGAUCUUAGAUGAUGUGCAAGAUAAAUUUACUCUUACAAGAGUUGGAAUCCCAAAACCAACAAUGGAAAAUGGGUGCAAAAUUGUUAUUACUAGCAGAUCAGUUAAUGUGUGCAACUACUUGAGCUGUAAAAUAGUUAAGGUGCCCCCUCUUUCAAAGGAAGAGUCUUUCAACUUGUUUUUAGAUGAGGUUGGGCCUGAUGUUCUACAAAUUCCCAAUUCAGAUGAGAUUGUGAAGCUUAUAGUGCAUAAAUGUGCUGGUUUGCCGUCUGUCAUUGUUGGCAUUGCUAGCAGAAUGAGAGGAGUAAAAGAUACUUGUGAGUGGAGAAACGCAUUACUUGAGUUGCCUCAAUAAUAGCAUGGGAGAAGAGGAAGGAAAUUAAAACAACUAUUGCAAUAUUCACUCUUCCAACAUUAAGGAAACUGCAUUUGAAUUGCUUACCAGAAUUGAAGGGAAUAUAUCAAGAAGAUGAAGUAAAGGUUUGUGAUUCUCUCAAUACCACUACCAUGGAAGGAUGCUGAAAGUUAAGGAUGAUUUUGCUUUAUGUUGUUGGCAACAAGCGACCAUUUCCUCCUCCUGCUCUCCCCCCCCCCCCAAAAAAAAAAAAAAAAGGAAGAAGGAGUAAAACCAAUAGUAGAAU